CAGUAACAAGGUCUACAAGGACGUUAUCAAAAAUGCAAUUACGAAUAUGAACUUAACAUUGAGAUAAUCGAAAAGAUUAACGAUCAAGGGUAAGACAGGCUAACUUAUUGAACAAACUAGAGGUUACUACAAAUAUAGACAUCGAAGAGCUACAAGAUGGGAAGCAAGUCCGAUAACAUGGAUUACCGUGUCUAUGACCCGCCACAACAAUCCACACGACCACAACGAACAGAUUUUACUCAAAGCAAUACAAGACCAUAUGUUGACAGUAACAGUAUAUGGAAGCAACAGCCAAACAAUUUUCCACAACAGAAGAUCUUCCAAAACUACCAAAGGAAACCUCUUCCAAUGAUAAACGAACAACAACCACUGUUCUACUCCACACCUAUUCCAAUGAGUCAUCCGCAAGAGCAAUCAGAUAAUUCGAAGGAGUUGAAAUGCACACCGCCAGUUAUUAACUCAACAUAUGUCAUACAUGCUCAUCAAAGGACACCAGCACAUAAAAAUACAAAGUCAAAGUUCAAAAACAUCAAGGAACCCCUCCCACCAUCGCGUACUACACCGAAUACGCCGAUUCAGAACCAUGUUGAUAAACAAAAAGAGAUUCCACCGACGGAAAAGACUAUUACAUCCCAACCUGUUACCCAACAAAAAACCAAGCCGAAAAAGGAAAAAAUUGAUAUUGAAAGUCAACCUGUUACAUUUAAAAUGAUGGAUAGUGAGAAAGAAUUAAAUGAAGCAGAUGUGAAGCUGCUGCCGGAGACCUACCUAACGGUAGCUGUUGUUGUGACUUUGUGCUUCAAUUGCCCUGUGGGGAUUGUUGCAAUGUUAUUUUCAUUCGCAUCAUUCUCUUCUUUUCAAAAGGGAGAGCAAAAGGAGGCCAUUAAACAAGGUCGGAUUUCGUGCUUGAUUAGUAUAUUUGGAAUGGUGUUAACUAUUUUUGUCGUUAUCGGUGUAGUACUUUACGUCACUGCUGAAUAGUAUGCGCAGUGUUGGAUAUGGAAAGAUAAAUGCUCAAGUGUGAGCCCGGAACCAUUGUUAGUAAAGCAGUUGUUGGUUAAUUUGGAAGAUUUAGAUCAUACAUGAUGAUUCAGACAGUGUAUUAAGGAUACAAAUGGAAUUUUCAUCUUUUACGAAAUGCAGCCAUCUUUUCUCAUUUUUGGAUGAGGGAAGAUACACGUAGCCAAUCUUGCUUCUUUGAGGAAAGAUAACUAUGCAAAUAUUUAUUAUUCGUAAAUUAGUGUCGCCGUCAGAUAAGUUGCAGUUAUUUGACCUAAAUCUGUUGUCCAUGGACGUGUCCUUUGGAAUUAUAGAAGCAGCCAAACUUGCCUUAUAUCCGUUUUUACCACUCCUAUUAGUAGAAUCACCGGCCUUUUAUACAGUCUUUACAGCCUCCUCUGCCUUUAUCAAGAAUAUAUUCAGCAUCUCGUGUAUCCCUUCUUCAAACCUUCUACCCAAUUUAGCAUUCGAACCAACGCUGCAGCGAUACAUUUAAGCAUUGCCAUUAACUUAAUCCUCUUUUUCCAUGAUUGGACUUGCACUUAUUUGAAAAUCAUAUGAACUCACUUAAAAAUAAUAUUGUUGUUCAUACCUACUGAGGUUCUAGGUACAUAACGAGCGGGAAUAUAUAGUGUAUCUAGGGAGCUAUCACCAAAGCCCGGCUUUUUCUCAAAUUAAAAAACAAUUUUAACACACAUUUUUUUAAAAAACAUUUUCAAUUUUUUUCAAUAUUAAUUUUCACAUUUUCUUCCAAUUUAAAAAAAAAAUUUUUUUCUUUUUUGAAAAUCUCGCAAACUUUAAGACCAAGAAAACG